AACUCAGUCCUUUUUCCCUCUCUUCGAUUUCAACAGACAGAACCACUACAACAACAAAAACUCCUGAUGACAAAGCGGCGCAUCGACGACAGCGAGGAUUCGGACGCAAGCUUUGGUCAGGACGACAAUGAUCGGAGCAAGGACGCGACGCCGCAGCGAGCGAGCAAGCGACCGCGCGCUCAGAGCAAGGCGUUGGUCGAGAGCGACAGCGACAGUGAACCAGAACGCAGUCGCAGUCGCAGUCGGAAGGGAGCGAGCUUGGACGACGACGAGGACGAUGAGGACGAUGAGUUUGGCGGGAAAUCCGCUUCAAGCCGAUUUGGCGGGAAAUCCACAGCACCAAGCCUGAAGCCAGCGACCAGUUCGGCCAGCUCGACUGGCUCGCGUCCCAAGGCGGCUGGACUGGGCCUGUCAUCCGUGUUUGACUUUGAUGACGAGAUCGGGAACGACGACCGCGCUGCCAAGCCGAAAGCCCGAGCGACGCCCACGAAGACGCCGACCAAGACGCCAAGCAAGCCCACGACGCCGACGCCGGCCGCCAAAGUGGAACGAACGCCGUCGCAGAUCAACAAGCCAGGAUUGUCGCCUUCUGCUCAGGCGCUUCGACUCAGCUCCGCGACUGCUGCCACGCUCCAACGCAAGCCAACGCGAGAGGUUGAUGCCGAAAAGGAAGACGCCACCCCGCGCAUGGAUUCGCCCGCCAAACCAGUCUCAUCCCGGCGUUUGGUCACCGAGACGACGACGCCAGCAAGCUUAGCCUCGGUUGUUGUUCUGGACGACUCGGAAGCCGAUUCCGUUGCACCCAUGAACAUCGUUGCACCCAAGACAAAGUCUAUUGCUGCCGCCACGCCGAGUAAAACGGUUGCCGCUCUGACAAAGACCGUGUCUUUGGAGCCGGAAGCGCCGAAAUCUGCAACAAAACCAGCGAUCGCUGCUCCAGCUCUCGCCCAUGCAUCCUCUGAAACCGCAACGCCAAAGCAACCUGCAGCGAAAAAGACACCCAUUGUCCCCAUUCUCGCCCCGUCGUCUGACGAAACCCGCGAGCAGCAGACGGAGUCCAAACGUCUGCGUGAGCGCGCUGCAUGGCUGAAGAUGUUUUCAUCACGAAAGACCAAUCUGGAUGGCAUCGAGGUGCCAAAACUGCCAGCUGUCUUGCGGGACUGCCAUGGAGCAGAUAUUGUUCGAAAAGGCGGAGCUCGCAAGGAACGCUACCUCAUCUCAUUUCCAGGACAACUUCAGGGCUUGACCUCGAGUGGCACCCCCACAAUCGGGUCGCUGGCCAAGCUGAACUCGCCCAAUCCAGUCAUGUAUCUCGACUUUCCUGAGGGUCGCCUCAAACUCUUUGGCACAUUGGUUUUCACCAAUAGCAAGUUUGUAGCGCUGCAAGCCAAGAAGCAAGCUAUUCAAUGCGAGGACGUUUUCGACAAGGUUGUCACGUUUUCCGAGGCCACUUGGAUUGGCCAUCUCCAGGACAAUCCGAACGAAGACCCAUUGCCCCUUCCCGCAUCGCUGAUUGGCUUGGCCUCAGCAGCUCCGCCGUCGGUCAGUGCAUCCCGGAGCCACAGCGCCUCUGCUGGAGUAGACAUUCGUGACUUUUUCCGCGGUACUUCGGCCGCCCAGCCAACAGGCAUGCCGGAUUUGAGUGGCGACACGCCUCCAAGCAGUCAGACAUUGGGUCGACGAGCCGUUCGCCGCCCACGCUACAAUCCCGACUUUGGCGAUGACAGCGACGCGAAUGGCAGCGAUCGUGACGAUGGCGAAGCAAGCGCGGACGACGAGUUUGUCGCCUCGCAAUCGUCCACCCGCCCGCGGCGGAGCGCGGCAGCUCGUGCAGCUGUUGUCGAGUCAUCCGAUGAAAGCGACAAUGCCGAAGAUGAUAAUCCCGACAAUGAGCCUGAGCACACUGCAAAUCCGGAGGAGGAAGACGAGAGCGAGAGCGACGCUGCGCCGAUGGAUGUUGAUGAAGAUGAGGAUGAUGAUUAAGCUGUCGAUUCUAUGUAUCUCAGAGCCAUGGAGGUCUGUCUGUCUGUCUGUCUUAUGCGAUGAAAAUGUACUGCACUUGCACUCC